UGAAAACGGAAAAGCGAGUGAGUACGUACUUUGAACUGGAAAACAAAAGUCCCCGGGGAUCUGCUUGCUCGACUAACGUACGGUGGAAACACAACAAGUACCCGAAAUGCUGGCAGCCUCGAUUUGUCACGAAAUCUACUACACGGUGUUGCCCAGUACGACGAUGACCUCACGAGUACCACGCUGCCUCUUCGGCCGGCCAAAUCCGCGAGAGACGAUAGAGAUGCUCCAGGAGGCACUGGACGCGGAGAGGAGCAAGUUCGCCAAGAGAUGGGGAGUGGAUCCUCGCUCCGAGGAUAAGGAGAAUAAUUACCAGAGGCGGAACACUGAGAAGAGCGACCGGUCGCCCGGCAAAAGGCGGAGUAAUCCGUAUUCAAGGCAGACCAGCAUUCACGAUUAUUGGCGAGCUAGAAAAGUAUGCGACGUGAACAAAAAGCCGCUGACAGCCACGGUAGACGUGUCGAAGCAAAAUGUGGAAUCGUCGAAAACAACGAAGACGAUCCCUACGACAACAACGACGACUAUAACGAAGACCACGUAGAAGACGUUGAACUAAUCGUAUAUUCUGUUGCACAGACCCCGUGCACACGUGCGAUUCUCUCUUAUUUUGCUGUGAUGGCGAAAAAAUCGCCAUGUUAACUUAAAUGUACUAGGCGGCAAAAAACUAACCAGAAAACAGCUAGCUUGAAAUUACUUAAAAAAAUUAAUAUAUUUUAGCGGAUUAUUAAAGUAUUAUU